UGCCUAUGACCGGGUCUCCUGCUGCCCCAUGCUUCAACCAAACAGAAAAACCAAGACAAAAGUAAAACAAAAAUCAAACCCAAAUCAACAAUUUUAAUAAAACAAAACAAAACAAAAGAAAAUCUCAACUCUCUUUUCCUGGAAAAUUGUCUUCUCUGUCAUCAUGCAAUCUCAUUCUAUCUCUCCAACAGAAAGAGAGAGAAAACGAACAGACUUUUUCUUCUUUCAACAGCCACUCCAGGGGUCCAUGAUCUUCUGGGGCCAGGCUUCUUUUCAAACAUAGAUUCCUUCAAAAUUGUUGUCCGAUUUCAGGUUUCAACAACUACCCAAUGUUAAAAAACAUUUCUUUGCUUCAACGUACACGAUUCUUUAUUUACAUAGGACUACUACUGCAUUGUCAACAAGAAAAUAUAUAGCAGUGGAAGCUUUGAAGGUCACAAUACUGAGACAUGGGAGACACCUCUCCUGAUAGAAAAUCAGGUUGUGGGCUGUUAAAUGCAGUUUUAGGUCGCCGGAACUUCUGGCAGAGAAGAGCUACCUCUACAGGCUCGCUUCCUACUGCCAGCAAUGGAACAUUAGUCAAAACACCAAGCACUCCAAACUCGAAAAGGCGGAGAGGAGGCUCUGGCUCUGGCUCUGAUGAGGCAGCAUUUCUAGGCCCUUCAAUGAAUGUACCAGAAGCACAUCAAAAACCAAUCACAAGAGCUCCUAAUCAUCCCAAGAUUCCUCCUGCUGUAUAUCAACAACCACCAGUCAAUGUUAGAAGAAAUCCUGAUCAUGAAUCAAACAGGAUUUCACCUAACCAAGGUUAUGUUAAUCAAGGUAGGAGGGUGCCUAAGGAGGCAAUAGGAAUUUCUGGAGAGCUGGAGAGCGUGAUUGCUGAUCAUCAGAAAUCAAAGGGAAGCAAUACGCUUGUUCGGGCUUCAUCGGGCAAUGUCAUGCUUAUGGGAAAUUUAGGCAAUUUGAGGCAACCAGGAGGAGGAGGAGGAGGAGGAGGAGGAAGAGGAAAUACAAAUUCCUAUAAUGUUCUUGAUCAUCUACCCAAGACAGCUAGAGAAGAAACCACAAUGCCUUAUGGAAGAUACCCAAAUAGUGUGAUGGGAAAUGUAGUGAAGAAAACAAAUGAAGCGGAGAAGCCUAAAGAAGAACAAUCUGCAGGUUCCUUAUGCAGAGCUAUAUCUACCAGAAUGGACCCUGAGCAGUUGAAAAUUAUGGGUAAUGAAGAUUACAAGAACGGAAAUUUCGCAGAGGCGUUGGCUUUAUAUGAUGCAGCUAUCUCAAUUGACCCAAAUAAGGCUUCUUAUAGGAGCAACAAGAGCGCGGCGUUAACAGCUCUGGGUAGGAUUCUUGACGCUGUUUUUGAGUGCAGAGAAGCAAUCCGGAUUGACCCUCGUUAUCACAGAGCACAUCAUCGUCUGGCGAACUUGUAUCUCAGAUUAGGUGAAGCAGAGAAGGCUAUAUAUCACUACAAACAUGCAGGACCAGAAGCAGACCAUAUCGACAUAUCAAAAGCCAAAACCCUUCAAGCUCAUCUCAGCAAAUGCACCGAGGCUCGAAGGUUACGAGAUUGGAACACCCUGAUCAAAGAGACUGCCAACACUAUGUCUGCUGGUGCAGAUUCUGCUCCACAGAUUUAUGCAUUGCAAGCUGAGGCCCUAUUGAAGCUCCAUAGACACCAGGAAGCAGAUGAUGCAUUGACAAAAGGUCCGAACUUUGAAGUCGAUGCUUGUACCAAAUUUUUCGGUCCUAUUGGUAAUGCGAAUUUGCUGGUAGUACGAGCUCAAGUUGACUUAGCGGUUGGAAGAUUUGAUGAUGCACUGGCUUCCGCACAGCGAGCCGCCCGGCUAGAUUCGAACAACAAGGAGGUUAACAUGGUAAUGAGAAGGGCUAGAGCCGUGGGUGCAGCUAGAUCAAAUGGGAAUGAGCACUUCAAGGCUUCAAAAUAUAAAGAGGCAUGUGGUGCGUAUGGGGAGGGGCUUGACCACGACCCAUACAACUCAGUCUUGUUGUGCAACCGUGCCGCUUGUAAGUCCAAGCUCGGCCACUAUGAGAAAGCUGUAGAAGACUGUACUGCUGCCCUGAAUGUGCGUCCUAAUUACAGCAAAGCAAGACUAAGAAGAGCCGACUGUAAUGCCAAGUUGGGGAGAUGGGAGGCCUCAAUACAAGACUACGAGGUGUUGCAAAAGGAGACACCCGAGGACGAGGAGAUAAAGCGGGCCUUAUCAGAAGCCCAAGCCCAGCUCAAGAAACGGAGAGGAGUGUGAGGGAAGGCCCUGAAGGGCGUGAUCAUAUGAAGCCCGGUUCAUCUUAGCGUAUUGGAGACAGCCGAAUACAUUUUCUACAGCCAUUAAUGGAUUGAUCGAGGAGGGAUUGAUGUGCUAUUUGUGUGAUUCGAUCGUUGUUUAGAACAUGAGGUAAUGUAAAAACAAGAAGCAGAUUUUUUUUUUUUUUUAAUAUGAUUCCAAUUGUGGAAUUGUAUCUUGUAUGAGAACUCGUUUGACUGGCUUUUAAAAAAAAAUAUAGGACUUAAUUGAUCUUUUGUCGAAAGUAUAAGGUCCUUCCUUAUUUUAAAAUUA